AUGUCGGGUAUCGCUUCCAAGAACCUUUACGAGCUUCUCGGCAAUGAUCAUGAGUAUGAUUCCGACAAGGAGCCAGAGCCACCGGUGAAGGUUGUCGAUAAGACUCCAGCCCGCACCACCAAGCGCAAUGCUACUGGAGAGGCACCAGCCGCCAAGGCUCCCGUAGCUGAUGGACGUGGAGCUCGUCGUGGAGGAUUCACCGGAAACGAAGGAGCUUUCCGUGAUCGCAACGCCGGCAGCGCCAACAACCAUGGCAAGCCAAUUGAUGACUCUGUCAGAACUGACCGUCACCCAAGAGCUGGUGGACGUGGCCGAGGUGGUGCUCGUGGAGGUGCCAAAUUCGACCGUCACAGCCGUGGAGUCGUUGGUGAUUCCGAGAAGCAAGUUGCUCAUGGCUGGGGUGCUACCGAAGGUGGCGCUGAGCUCGCUGACGAGCAAGCCGGUGAAGCUAUCGCCAAGAAUGAUGCUAAGGAAGAUGGUGAAGCACCAGCUGAUGCUGCCGCUGAAGAGCCUGAGCCAGAAGACAACAGUGUCUCAUACGCCGAUUACCUCGCUCAAUUAGAGGAGAAGAGAGCUGCACUCAACGCUGCUACCCCUGAAGCCCGCAAGCCAGACAGCAAGGUCGACAAGAAAUGGGCCAGCGCCAAGGCUAUCACCAAGGAGGAUGAGGAAGACUUCGUCGCCGGAACUGGUGGCAAGACCAAGCGUGAACGUCAACGCGCUCAAAAACAAGUCGUUGAGAUUGAUCAACGUUAUGUUGAACCCGCUGAACGUGGUGGUAGAGGAGGUUUCCGUGGAGGUCGUGGACGUGGUGAUGGACAACCACGUGGCGACAGAGGAGGUUUCCGUGGACGUGGUGAGGGUCAACGUGGACGUGCUCGCGGUGAUCGAGGUCCACCACGCCAAAGUGCCCCAAGAACUGGAGGCGCCUCUGCACCUAUCCAGAUUGAGGACCAAUCCGCUUUCCCAAGCCUUGGCGCAUAA